GUGAAAACCACAAUGAAUGGUCAUAUUUCUAAUCAUCCCAGUGGCUUUGGAAUGUAUCCAUCUCAAAUGAAUGGCUACGGAUCAUCACCCACCUUUUCCCAAAUGGACAGAGAACACGGUUCAAGAACAAGUGCAAAGGCCCUCUAUGAACAAAGGAAGAGUUAUGCCCGGGACAGUGUCAGCAGCGUGUCCGACACAUCCCAAUACCGUGUUGAGCACUUGACUACCUUUGUUCUGGAUCGGAAAGAUGCAAUGAUAACUGUGGAUGAUGGAAUAAGGAAGCUGAAAUUGCUUGAUGCCAAGGGCAAAGUGUGGACUCAAGAUAUGAUUCUUCAAGUGGAUGACAGAGCUGUGAGCCUGAUUGACUUAGAAUCAAAGAAUGAACUAGAGAAUUUUCCUUUAAACACAAUCCAGCACUGCCAAGCUGUGAUGCAUUCCUGUAACUAUGAUUCAGUUCUUGCCCUGGUGUGCAAAGAGCCAACUCAGAACAAGCCAGAUCUUCAUCUUUUCCAAUGUGAUGAGAUUAAGGCAAACCUCAUUAGUGAAGACAUUGAAAGUGCAAUCAGUGACAGUAAAGGAGGGAAACAGAAGAGGCGGCCCGAAGCCCUGAGGAUGAUUUCAAAAGCAGACCCUUGUAUACCGCCUCCACCAAGAGCUCCUGCCCCAGUGCCCCCUGGGACUGUUACCCAGGUGGAUGUUAGAAGUCGUGUGGCAGCCUGGUCUGCGUGGGCAGCUGACCAGGGGGACUUUGAGAAGCCAAGGCAGUAUCAUGAGCAGGAAGAAACGCCUGAGAUGAUGGCAGCCCGAAUUGACAGAGAUGUGCAAAUAUUAAACCACAUUUUGGAUGAUAUUGAAUUUUUUAUCACAAAACUCCAAAAAGCAGCUGAAGCAUUUUCUGAGCUUUCUAAAAGGAAGAAGACUAAGAAAGGUAAAAAGAAGGGGCCAGGAGAGGGCGUUUUAACUCUGCGGGCAAAACCUCCUCCUCCUGAUGAAUUUAUUGACUGUUUACAAAAGUUUAAACAUGGAUUUAACCUUCUGGCCAAACUGAAGUCUCAUAUCCAGAAUCCGAGUGCUGCAGAUUUGGUUCAUUUUUUAUUUACUCCAUUAAAUAUGGUGGUGCAGGCAACAGGAGGUCCUGAACUAGCCAGUUCAGUACUCAGCCCCCUGUUGACUAAGGACACAAUUGAUUUCUUGAAUUAUACUGUCAACGCUGAUGAAAGGCAGCUUUGGGUGUCACUGGGAGAAACUUGGAUGAAAGCCAGAGCAGAGUGGCCAAAAGAACAAUUUAUUCCACCAUAUGUUCCACGGUUCCGCAACGGUUGGGAGCCCCCAAUGCUGAACUUCAUGGGAGCACCGAUGGAACAAGAUCUUUAUCAGCUGGCUGAGUCUGUGGCAAAUGUAGCAGAACAUCAGCGCAAACAAGAGACAAAAAGAUUAUCCACAGAGCAGUCCAGUGUAUCAGAGUAUCCUCCACCUGAUGGGUAUGCAUUCAAUAACAUGUACACAAGAGUGCCCCAUCUGGACCAAGGGGAAGCUGCUGUGGCUUUUAAGCCAACUCCUAAUCUCCACGUAGAUAGAAAUUAUGAUCUACUGAAAGCACAACCCAAGAAGUAUGCCAAAUCCAAGUAUGACUUUGUGGCAAGGAACAACAGUGAGCUCUCAGUUCUAAAAGAUGAUAUUUUAGAGAUCCUUGAUGAUAGAAAACAAUGGUGGAAGGUUCGAAAUGCAAGUGGAGACUCUGGAUUUGUGCCAAAUAACAUUUUGGAUAUCGUGAGACCUCCAGAAUCUGGAUUAGGGCGUGCUGAUCCACCAUACACGCAUACCAUACAGAAACAAAGGAUGGAAUAUGGUCCAAGACCAACGGAUACUCCCUCUGCUCCAUCACCUCCUCCAACACCUGCUCCUGUUCCUGUACCCCUUCCUCCUUCUACUCCAGCACCUGUUUCUGUGCCAAAGGUCCCAGCAAAUGUAACCCGUCAGAACAGCAGCUCCAGUGACAGUGGUGGUAGUAUUGUGCGAGAUAACCAGAAACACAAACAACUUCCGGUCGACCGAAGGAAAUCUCAGAUGGAGGAAGUGCAGGACGAGCUCAUCCACAGACUCACCAUUGGUCGGAGUGCCGCACAGAAGAGGUUCCACGUGCCACGGCAGAACGUGCCAGUUGUCAACAUCACUUAUGACUCCACACCAGAAGACGUGAAGACGUGGUUACAGUCAAAGGGGUUCAGCCCUGUGACUGUCAAUAGUCUUGGAGUAUUAAACGGUGCACAGCUUUUCUCUCUCAAUAAAGAUGAACUGAAGACAGUCUGCCCUGAAGGGUCCAGAGUCUUUAGCCAAAUCACUGUACAAAAAGCUGCGCUAGAGGAUAACAGCGGCAGCUCCGAGUUGCAAGAAAUCAUGCGAAGACGACAGGAAAAAAUCAGUGCUGCUGCUAGUGAUUCGGGAGUGGAAUCUUUUGAUGAGGGGAGCAGUCACUAA